AUGUCCCUGUCGUUGCUGCAAAGCAACCAGUGCUCAUUCGCUGGGUGCGGACUUCAUUUCGCCACAGUUUACGACCUGAUUGCUCACAUCGAGUUCAAUCACAUCCGUUCGUUCUUCAGAACGAUGGAAAAACCCGAUGAUUAUUUAGCUUUGGUCGAAAACGAGCAGCGAUUGAAGGCCGCCAAUGGCCCAGAAGAAAGGGAACGGGGUUCGGCACCCAAUUUGCCCCUCAGUUGUUUUAGCAGGUGAAAAAGUAUCCGAAAAUUGUAAAUAUACCUUCUUUAGGGUAUUCCGAACGCCAUACCAGCCGGUUCCGAUAAAACCCGAGAAAUUCACCAUUUCUUUCCAUCAUUAUCGGAAGAAAGUCCCGCAGCCCGUACAUCCCAGCGGCCCUUUUCAUCGUCCCAAUGGCAAUUCUUGUAGGUUUUAUGGCUUUUUUUCAUUUAUGAAAGCCCAGACAACAAGAAAAUCGAAAAUUUCGUAGAAAUAUUUUUUUUUUAGUGGCUGAAAUGUCGAUCGACGCACAUCCGGAAGACUUUGAAGAAUGCGGAAUUAAGUUAGUUUCUUUAAUUUUUUUAAAAGAUAAGAUGAAUUUUUUUCAUUUUAGCGACACGGAAAUGCGUUUCCGAUGUGAGAUUGUCGACUGUGCCAGGAGGUAUAAGAAUGCGGUUGCUUUGAGGUGAGAAUUUUGAUUUUUUCAAGGUUUUUCAGCAAUUUUUUUUUCAUAAAUAUUCCACUUUUUCACCUUGAAAAAAAUUUUUAUAUUGAAAUUUCUUUGUCAAUUUUUUUCCACGUUUUGAAAUUUACACAAAAAAAGAGGCUUGAAAGCACUGCCGGGAAUUUUUUUGAAAUUUUUUUAACCAAUAGGAGAUUUUUUUGAAAUUAAUAUUGAGGAAAUAUUAACUAUAUUAAAGAAAGUUAGUGGGAAGAACAUAGAAAAUGUAAAAUUUAUGUUUUCGAAUUUUUAAAAAAAGCAAUAUUUUUUUACUGCUUUGAAUUGUGGCUUGGAAUAGAGAUUUAAAAAUAUUUUUUUCGUUUUACUGUUAAACUCCAUUUUUAAGUAGCUUGAAACAAGAAUUUUAUUAUAUAAAAAGUCGAGUAAAGAGUUUCUUAAGCAAGGAAGUUUACGGGCGGUGUAAACUAAAUUAUUGAAAAAUAGCUGAUUUGAAUAUAUUAUAUUCCGAAUUUUGAAUAGGGGAAUCUUGGGAGGGUAUAGGGAAAGUGAAAAGAAGGUAGUUGGAAGGUUUUUGGAAAGUAAUAAAUUGAAAAUGCCCGCCGGAAGCCUACCACUAGAAGGUAAGUUGAGGCUUUAGGAGGCGACCACUUGCUAAAAAGCAUCCAAACGCCUUCCGAGGGACCGAAAGAAGAGGCUUCCCAAUUUCCACCUCAGAAAGAAGUUCAGAUCGCACAUGAGGAACGCUCACAGCAUGGUCGUCCGAGAAGACGUCCAGGGCGCCGUCGUUACCGCCGAAGGGACGGCAGGAUCUCCAGUCGUGGCGAGCAGCAACGGCGGCUCCAUGCAUCCUUCUGUCGGCGUCGUCUACGGCGGCAGUGGCGCCUUGGCACCGCCGACUUCUUCCGUCUUUCCCGGAACCGGAACGGGUCCGCUGCAGUUCCCCGCCGCUGCCUCGAGUCCCAAUAAGUUAGUCGUGGAAAAUAUGGAAAAUAUGCUUGUUCUGUGAAUUUUUCUAGUUGAGAGACAGUCAGUUUUUUGAAUUUUGAAGCUUUUUCCUUCUUUUUUUUUAAGAAAAAGGUAUAACUAAUUUUUGAUCAGAAGCUAUAGUAAAAUAUUCAGAUUUUCCCUAUAUGGAAAAAAAAAACGAUUAUUAGAAAAUUGUUAUUAUGGAAAAAUUUUUCUAGAGACCACAAAUGUCAGCACUGCUCCAAGAGGUACAAAACCCCGACGGGACUCUCAAAUCACCUCGCUUCGGCCCAUCAAAAAAGCGCUAGUUUGUUUUUUUCUCUUUUAAGGAGUCUUAUUCCGGUUUUAUGUAUAUUCAAAAGUGAUAGAAUAUUUGAAAAUGGAGGUUUUUUCAAAAUUCAUCAUUAAUUCCUUUGUCUUUGUUCCUCAUAUUAACAAAAAAUUGUUAUUAAUACUCUUUGCAAAGUUAGGAGUCUGAUUCGGUUUUCAAAAGGUUCAAAAUUUGAGGUUUUCUUCUUAAAUUUCUAGGUGACUACCUUAUUAUUGUAGCCUCACGUCUAUUGAGAAUAUUCAGUACCGUCAAAAAAAAAUACUAAAAAAACGGUCAUAACUCUCUUGUUAGGAAUCCAAUCUUCCUGAAAAUUUCUGUGAUUGUGAUGAAUGUCAUUUUUAUCACUCUGAUGAAGCUUCAGUUCACAAAAAAAAACGCAGCUUUAGAAACUAUCAGGAAGUUUGAAAGAAUUAAAAGAAAGUUGUGACCGAAACCCCGUUUUUUCGUAUCUCUUCUGACUGUGUUUGAUUGAGAAAAACAUUCAUGAAAAUUUAGUAGAUGAGUAAUAAUUUUCCAACAGAUUUGUUCCCCGAGCCGACAACUCCAUCUCCGGCCGUUUUCGAAAAGUUGAUCUCGCAGGCGAGAAACCACCGCCAACAGCAGGAUGCUCGGGCGGCGCUGGAGCAGCAGCAGGUUGGGAAAACAAGAGAAAUUAGUUAAAUUCGAAACGUUAGGAAUUAUUGUUGUGAUUUUGAAUCACUGGAAAGUUGUCUUCUUGAAAUGUCUUUUUUCUCUGCGCCCUCCUCGUUUCUCGGCGACCCUCUCAUAUUGUUUUGCCACUUUUAUAUUUCUCUGACUUUGCUGGUGAGAGAACAGAGAGACGCAGACACUGAAAGAUGAACUUAGUUUUUUUUUGUCAAGAUCCAAAAAAGAAACGGUAGCGAAAUAUGACCUUUCUGAUUUUUUUUGCGCGAAAAAUACUUUCCGGGUAUUUAAAAAAAAGAAUAGUUUGGAAGGCAUCAGAUUGCCUUGGUUUUCGAAAAAAGUAACAAGAAUUCUUCUCAAGGCCCAACGUAACGCGAUGAUGACGGCGAACGUCUCGAUGAUGGGCCAGAAUGGCUCGUCGACGCCUUCUCCAGGCCCCGGAAUGCACUCGCCGCACAUGCAACAGCAGCAAGGACAGUCCCAGGACUUCCGACAAAUGCCUCUUCCUGUUUCGGUCGCCAAUCAUCAGCAGAUUCAUUACUCGACUCAGGUCUUCAUUUUAUGAAUUUUCUGGAGUUUUUAUUCACCUGUAACCAUACAUAGGCAAUGUCGGGAGGUUUGCCUUUUUGCGCCAUUUUUGCUGCCUUUUGACACCAUUUCUUGAGCCUUAAAAACCCUAGAAAAAUUGAAGGCUCGAUAAAGGGACUCUUUUUUGAGCCUCUUCUUUUUCGCGGCCAUUUUCCACCAUUCCGACUUGGCCCGAGUACAUGGGCAGACCAUUUUUGAAUUUUUUUUUUACUUUCCCAAGUAUUUUAACAUUAGAGUCAUCACUACCUCUAUGAGGGCUGAAAUUUAUGUUUUAUUUGUUGCAAGCCCUACCUCUUUGACCUUAGAAAUCAGUUUCUUCACUCGACUUUUUGGCCAAUUUUCUAAGGCUACCCCUCCUGUCCAGGAUUAGGAGGGGUCCUGGAGGGUCCUGGACAACUUUCGGAAGGACGAAAGUUUUUUCAAUUAGGAGGGGUCCUGGGCAAGUAGAGUUCAAUACUUACAAAGUAUGCCUGAAAUAAGAUCAGCGAACUUAUAAAAAAAGACAGCUCGCUGAGAAACCAAAAUGAUGAAAAAUAGUUAAACAAAAAAAAGUAGAGUAGAAAAUAUGUGGAAUGUUGUGAGUUUAGCAGAUUUUUAGGAGCUUCGACUUUUCAUUUAUUCAUCAUUUUUCAUUCAUCUUCGAAAUUUUAUAAAUUAAGGGGAAAAUGACGAGUUUUUCUUUUACUGUAGUGUAGAAAAGUCUGAAUAAGUCGAUAUAGGCACGGUAGAAAAUUUUGUGUGCGAAAUACGAUUAUUUUGUCGAAAAUAAGGUUUUCCUAGCUGUUUUGGGUUGAUUUUUGUGAGCAAAUAAAAAAUGGAGUUUUUUGUUGAGAAAAUUUCCGUAACAGGCAUGUGGAAAAUAUCAAAAUGUUCUGCUUAAAGAAGAAUUCAUUGAUUUUGUCGGGUUUUUUAACUUUCAUACGAUGAUAAUCUGGUUUUUCUUUAAGCAAGGGCCGCAACAGACCCUUCCGGUGCGGUCCUUCACGAUCGGAUCGCAAAAUCUCCGCAUGAAUCAUUUGCAGGUACACCUUUUCUUGUACUUUAGUCAUUUUUCAUGAUGUGGUGUCUUGACGGGUGUACCCGUUUUAAUCCCGUUUUUUUGAGGCAUUUUGAGUCUCAGUAGGGCUGAAACGGGUUUAGAAAAAAACAGGAAAUCCAGCUGUGUCUUUUUUUUGUGAAAAUGUCAAAAGACCUUAUGCGCUCAUACGGGUUUAACACGGGUUCACCCGCUGGAAGCCCGUGUUAACAAGACUCGUCAAAACUCGCCAGCGUGAGAGACUCUGAGAUUUUAUGCAUUUUCUAUCAUUAUGAUAACUUUUCUUGUACUAUCCAGUAUUUUCAGCAGCAACACAUGGGCCACGGGUCGGCGACGACGACCGGUCAAAUGCUCCAGAUGCAGUUUCAGCAGAACCGACGUCUUCAACUACAACAGCAGCAACAACAGCAACAACAGCAGCAGCAAAUGCAGAUGCAAAAAGCCUCACAGCCUUUGUUGCUCGAUCCGGCGAAGAUCAAAUUGGUACGGGGAGGGGGACAAUAAUCGGCUGGAUCCCACCCCGGGGUUUUCUUCUCCGAUGUAUGACAAUAAUUCAUAAUCAACUUUAUUCACAAGAAAAAUCUUGGCUAGUAGAAAGCGAUCUCUGAGAAAAAAAGUGAAGCCAAUUUUUUUGAAAAAAAAGUAUAGGAAUAUUAAAGAAGCAAAAAAACCCUACAAAGUUUUUGAGAUUAUUAAUAGAUUUUUUUGCUCUCUUUGAGUUUUCGACAAAUUUGAAAGCUUCAUGUGAAGUUGAAAAGCAGCUCCAUCAAAAUAUUGAUAAGGUUUGUAGCUUUAAAAAAAUCUUCUUACUGAAAAAUCCAGUCUUAAUUUAAUGUCAGUUGCUGAGAAAUGUUCUUGGGGAGAUGGUAGUUCAAAAGAGAAACGAAAUAAUUUUGAUUCAUCCUUUUCAAGACGAAGAGGCGGGUGAAAGAAUUUUAAUCAGGUAAAAAUUAGAGAAAAUCUGGAAAAAUUUUAGUGGCCACUUGAGGGGUCAAUGGAUCAACAUAACUGGUCCAAUCUGUUUGUUUUAAAAUUAUCAUAGGUACUGGUAGGAAUACCGAAGGAAAAACUACUUUAGUGGCCACUAAAACGGAAAAUAGUGACCACUUUAGUGUCCUCUCCAAAUAGUCCUUGGCGAGCCUUUAUAGUGGCCACCAAACACUUCCCCAGAUAUUUAAAAACGAAAACUUGGAAGAACAUUUUAUAAUUUAUUUCUAAUGAUUUCAUGUUCCCUAUAUAAAUAGAAUCAAGAAUCUUGGAGUUUAGAGGUGAAAAAAAUGCUAUAAUAAGUUAAACAAGAUAGCUUCAGGACAUGUCGGUGAACUCUCCGAACCACGGGGUCCAUGUUCAGCAACACUCUCCGAUGCACAUGAACGAGUCGCAGUUCCACCAACAACAGCAACACGUUCAGAAGGCCGCCCACAGUCCGAUGAUCAAGCUCGAGUCUUCUAAUAAUUGACAUUUUUUCAAUUUUGUAGUUUCACCUGAAGGGUUCUAGUAGGAGCCGAUGUGGUUGUUCGAGCUUUUCCUCCAAAUUUUUCACUUCAAAAAAAUAUUUUUCUUUUUACCUCAUUUUUGUAAAUACACAACGACUUGAAAAAAAUUCCCCAACUGCACGUGUGUCUCUGUUUUAUUUCAAUGUUUUAUCCUUUUCCAUGGCGGGUUGUCAAGUUUUAUAAUGACCUCUCUUUUCUUGUAUUUUUCAUGUACAAUUUGAUAAUCUUUGAUGACUUUUCGUGUACGACCCUAUCUAUACCUGAUAAUAAAAUGAAGGCUGCUUUAAUUUUGAAUUUUCUUUUUUUUUCGCGUUUCACAACGGUUCCGAUUCCGAACUAUCUAUCUGAAAACUUUGGAAAAUCAAGAUUUUUUCGUUUUUUUCAGAAGGAUGGUUGAACCAAUGGAAGCGACGACGUCGGUGCCCGUUGGUGGCGAUAAUUCCGACGCACUUUUCUUCACACCAUUGUUUUUAUAUUAUUUUAGGAAUUAUCAAACUUUUAAUGCUUCAGGGGCUCCGGACAAGAAGUCGGACGAUCCUGCCACCUUUUAGAGUACAAAAAUAAACGAGUUUUGGUUGGUUUUGAGUGAAAUUUAAUGGAUAGGUCUUUUUUUUUUUCGGUUUUUUCAGCUUGGCUGAAGAUUUCCACAGCUUAGAAUUAUGUAAGAAGGUACAGGGAAAGAUUCAAAAUGAAAGAUUAAGCGCGAAAAAGUAACUUUAAAUUGUUUUGUUAAGAAAAGUUUCUUUUUUUUUCAAAUUCAUCUUUUCAUCUUUGUUUUUAUGGAACUAAACUUUCAUGAGAAUUAAUAAUCAGGUCUUAUUCUAUCGAGAAAAAAGCAUUUAUUUAAAAAAAAACUGACAAUUUUCAGCUCGACUGCGGAAUUCAUCCCGGCCUUCAGGGCGUCGACGCGUUGCCCUUUGUCGAUUUUGUCGAUCUUGAGAAUAUCGAUUUGCUUUUGGUGAGUUUUAUAAUUCAUUUAGAAAGCUUCAGGUUGAGAAAAUUAAGAAAAAAUAAGUUUUUGAGAUUUCUCCAGAUCUGUGCGAAAAAAAAUUCGCAGUUUUCUUAAUCUAAGAGAAAAAGGAAUCACCAUUUUUAUUUUCUUUUUUUCCCAAUUUUGAGCAAUUUUUCAAGUUUUUUUAGCUCAAAAGAGUAAUUUUUCAAUAUUAUUCCUUCUACGACGGGAAAAAGAAGGAAAAAGGAUAAAUCCAGAAAAGUUUGGCUUAAUUUUUUUUUUUUUGAGUAAAAUUUAUUGGUCCCCCCUGUGGCGGGGGAAUUUUCAUACUGUUAUGAUUUUUUAAUUCAAAUUUUCCAGGCUCAAUAAUUCAUCCUAUAAUUUAUCAUUUAUAUAGUCAUUUAUUCAAUUAUUUAAUUAACAAACCAGCUUUUUCAGAUCACACAUUUUCACUUGGACCACUGCGGCGCACUACCAUGGCUCCUCCAAAAAACGGCUUUUCGUGGAAAAUGCUUCAUGACGCACGCGACGAAAGCCAUUUAUCGCAUGAUUCUCGGCGAUUAUAUUCGAGUAAUUUGAUCUACUUUUUUGAAUCUCGCUUCCUCUUUCAUUUUUUUUUUGACGGAAAGCCGUUUAUCUUAAACAGAAAAAAAAGAGUUGAAUCUGGCUAAAUUAUUGGUUUUAACUGCGGGUCUUUUGGCUAUUUCGCGGCUUAGGAAUGAAGAAAUUCGGAAAUAGAGGCUUGAGAAAAAAUAUUUUCAGAACAGAGGCUUCUUCAUUUAUUUUAAGUUGUAAGUAUCAUGGUUUUUCAUCAUUUUUUGUUUAAAUAAUCAUUUUUACUGAAAAAUUUUGAAUUUUCUGUUGUUUCAAGCUUCAAGAAUGAACGCUUGUUAAAAAAAUUGUAGCUUAAGAAUCAAAUUGAAAUUAAAAAAAAUUAAGGCUUUUUCAUUUUUUUCUCAAUGAAUUUCAGGGAGCUUUUUGUGUCGUUGGAGAUGAUAUUUUUUUCUCAAAAUCGAAGGAUUUUAUGGAAAAUUUGUGGUUCAAGUUUCCUUUUUUUAUUAAUGUGUUUACAAUAUGCUAUAUACGGUAUUUUUGGCUGAAAAAAAAAUCGUGACAAGCUGACGCGGAAUGGGCUAUAACACGUGUGUGUAAAAUUAGAUAUUUCUGCUUUUUCAGCGCGACAAUUUUUACUUUUGCCUAUUGGUCUUGUCAAUGGAGACAGCAAUAUUUUUCUUAAUUUGCUUCAUAUCAAUGUGAUUUUCAAUCCUUUAUUCAAAUUUUUGCCAGAUCUCCCGAUAUGGCGGCGGUGCUGACAAGAACCAACUGUACUCGGAAGAUGAUUUGGACAAAAGUAUGGCCAAAAUAGAGGUUUUCGGGAGAAUAAAAGCCGAGAUCCAAGCCAGAAUUCAGGUCAUUGAUUUCCGAGAACAGAAAGAAGUGAACGGUAUCCGAUUUUGGCCCUAUGUUGCUGGUCACGUUCUUGGCGCCUGCAUGUUCAUGAUCGAAAUCGCAGGUUUUUUUUUUGAACAGUAUUAUAUUAUUGUAAUAUUGUUGUUUUACAAAGUUACUACCGAUUCUCUUCAGAAAAAGUCACUUUAAAAUAACUCGAUUGAUGGAAAUCUCCCAGAAAAUUUUCUAACAGUCUUGGGAACUUCAGAAUGGUCCCUAUAGGGGCGACCUCAGGGGCCCUUCAACGUUUCCCCCUUUAGGGACAACUUUACCCCCUGUAGUGGCCACUGAAGUAAGCUUUUUGAAUUUGCAAAUUGGAAUGAAGUGUCAAAAGACACUCUAGGGACUACUUGAAGUUUAGGAGUACCGCCUCAAUUUUAACCCUGUAAGGUCCACUGUUUUGUCACCUACAACGAUUGUUUUUCCUCCUGACCCCUAUAGGGACCACUCCGGCGCUCCUGAGAUUGUCAGAUUCAUUUUUGCUUCAUUUUAGUUGUAAAGUUGUUUUAAAAAAGGCGAAAAAAAAUUUCCACAGUGUCCCUAGAGGGACUUUUAAAGGCUCCUCCUUAGGGACCACUUUACCCCUUUUAGGGACCACUAAAGUCUUUAGAGUUUUUAAAUUUGAGCAAUAAGUUGAAAGAUGUUUUAGGGACCACUUGAAUUCACUACUAAGAUUCUUAGAGUCUCCCAGGAAAUUUUUCAACAGUCCUAGGAACUCCAUAGUACUCUAUAGGGUCAUCUUUAAGGGUUCUCGGAGUUUGCCCCUUUAGUGACCACUUUACUUACCUCUAUAGGGGAAAUCCUGGUCGAUUAUUGUUAUAAACUAGAGUUCUCAAAACCAAACGUUCGAACGAACGUUCGACCAAACAUUUUUCGAACAAAUGUUGAAACAAAACUUUUGGUUAAAGUUUGAAUUGAACGUUUCGUUCAAAAGGUCAUUUUAUUAAAGUUCGCUUUUGAACGUUCAACCAAAAUGAACGUUCAUUUUUCAUUUUGAAAAAGUUCGUUCAAAAAAUGAACGUUCAUUUUUCAUUUUCAAAAAGUUCGUUCAAAAAAAUGAACGUUCAUCUUUCAUUUUCAAAAAGUUCGUUCAAAAAAUGAACGUUCAUUUUUUUCAUUUUCAAAAAGUUCGUUCAAAAAAAUGAACGUUCAUCUUUCAUUUUCAAAAAGUUCGUUCAAAAAAUGAACGUUCAUUUUUUUCAUUUUUCAAAAAAGUUCGUUCAAAAAAAUGAACAUUCAUUUUUCAUUUUCAAAAAGUUCGUUCAAAAAAAUGAACGUUCAUCUUUCAUUUUCAAAAAGUUCGUUUUUCUCUCGAAGAACUUUUUUUAAAAUCAAAAAAAAUAAGGAAAUAGUCAAGCUUUGUGAGAAUUUCGCGCUCAAGCGGCGUGAUAAACGCAGCGCGUCGCCUGCGCGUCGCGUGCGCAGGGCUUUUUUUAAAAUUAAAAUUCAAACUCACUUCUAAUGUGUUUUUAUUUUUAAAAUUUCAUUCAAUUUUUGAAAUAAAGUUGCUUUGUUCGAAAUUAACAUUAAAAUUUUGUUCAGAUGCCGUCUCUUAUCUGGGAUUUGUUUUCUCAAGUCGACGGAAGCGCUUCAAAAUGCUCUUUUUGUGAGCAAAUCAUCAAAAAUAAAAACAAAGGCACAUCACAUCUGUGGUGUCAUCUGAGAACGAAGCAUCCAGAAAAAAUCAAAAAUCUUGGAGAGGUCGACACUAGAGUUCUCAAAACCAAACGUUCGAACGAACGUUCGACCAAACAUUUUUCGAACAAAUGUUGAAACCAAACUUUUGGUUAAAGUUUGAAUUGAACGUUUCGUUCAAAAGGUCAUUUUAUUAAAGUUCGCUUUUGAACGUUCAACCAAAAUGAACGUUCAUUUUUCAUUUUGAAAAAGUUCGUUCAAAAAAUGAACGUUUAUUUUCCGUUCGUAAAAAGUUUGCUCAAAAAAAUGAACGUUCAUUUUUUCAUUUUUAAAAAAAGUUCGUUCAAAAAAAUGAACGUUUAUUUUUCCGUUCGUAAAAAGUUUGCUCAAAAAUGAACGUUCAUUUUUUUCAUUUUUAAAAAAAGUUCGUUCAAAAAAAUGAACGUUUAUUUUUCCGUUCGUAAAAAGUUUGCUCAAAAAAAUGAACGUUCAUUUUUUUCAUUUUUAAAAAAAGUUCGUUCAAAAAAAUGAACGUUUAUUUUUCCGUUCGUAAAAAGUUUGCUCAAAGAAAUGAACGUUCAUUUUUUUCAUUUUUCAAAAAGUUUCGUUCAAAAAAAUGAACGUUUAUUUUUCCGUUCGUAAAAAAAGUUCGAUCAAGAAAUGAACGUUCAUUUUUUUAUGUGAAAAAGCAAACGUUCAUUAUUAUAAGAAAACAAUUUUCGAACUUUUUGGUUGAACGUUUGAAAAUGAUAUAUCCGUAAACUAUCGAAAAAUGAAAAAGUUCAUUUUUUUUAAACGGUCAUUUUUUGAACGUUCGGUUUUGAGAACUCUAUUAUAAACCUAAGCUUAUGAAAUUAAAUUAGUGUUUUUGAAUGAAAAAACUGAUCGAGUUAAAAAGUUAAAGACCCCUUUAGGGGCCACUGGAGGGGCUCAGGGGUCAGAACCAGUACUUUUUUGUCCCCAUAUAAGGUCGUUUUUUCUCCCAAUCCCUUCAGGGACCACUAUGACGUUCCUAAGAUUCUCAAAGUCAUUUUUAAAUUUUAUUUCACAUAUAAUAAUGAAAACUCAUUUUUUUUAAUUCUAGGCGUCAGAACUUUGUACACUGGCGACUUUUCUUGCCUAGAAGAUCGACAUCUCUGUGCUGCGGAAAUCCCUCCAGUGACCCCUCAAGUGCUCAUUACGGUAGGUUUGAAUGAUACAUUGAAUAAUUGAUUGAAACGUUAAAAAAGGGUUGUGAAGGGAAAAAAAGUUGUAAUUUUUUUCCAGGAGUCGACCUAUGGUACUCAGUUGCAUGAAGAUCGAGAGCUCAGAGAAGGAAGAUUCACGAAAAUGGUGGAUAUUUAAAAGAAAAAGAAGUAAAAUACCUUUUUUCAGGUACACGAAAUGGUCGGCCGAGGUGGAAGAGUCCUAAUUCCGGCCUUCGCACUGGGUCGAGCUCAGGAGCUUCUUCUGAUCCUCGACGAGUAUUGGGAGGCUCACCCCGAACUUCAUGACAUUCCAGUUUAUUGUUCGUUUUUUGUGAAAAAUUUCUAGAGGCCACUCAAAUCUCACAAAAGCGCGUGUGUGUAGAAAAAUUUCAGAAACGUGAAAUUUAUCAUUUAUUCUAGCUUACGUGAAAAAGGGUCUUCAUUGUUUAAAUGUCUUGUAUAGCUGAUUCACGGCUGGCUUGAGCCAUCAAAAAAAAAAGGGUUCUGACACGAUAAUGCACGAGAUAAUGCCUGGCUCGUGGAGAGUGCAGACAGGACACGCCCCCUUAGCGUCCCAAUCUGGCCGUGAAACAGCUAUAUAAUGACGUCAUUUGAAAUAGCUCGGUGGAUGGCUCGCUCUCUGAUUUGUUUAUGGCGAACUUAGGGGCGGAGCUUGAGCGACGACUUGAAAUUAAAGUUCUGAACAGACUAUAAGAGAUAUUUAGCUCUCAUUCUAUUGGGUGAAGGUGAUUUCAAUACAAAUAUGCGUUUUUACUGGAAAAUCUACUUUUUCUGAGCGAAUGCAGUUUUUACUAUUCACUUUUGACUUGAUUUCAAGCUAUCCUAAAAUUCAGCGGCACUGAAAAAUUUUUCAAGCUAGUUAAAAUGAACGCUUUUUUUGACGUACGAAAAAUAGGAAAAAACCCUUUUUUGAUCACAGCUUUCUUGUAUGGAGUUUGAUCUUUCUGAAAAUUUCUGGUCUUGUGGUAAUUGUUAUCUGUUACAUCUUGGUGGAACUUCAGACAGCAGAAGGAAAAAAAGCUCCGCUGUUUCAAAAAGAUUCAUCUUCAUAGGGGAGGUUGCGAACCAAUAAUUCUUUUUUAUCGUUUCUGAAGGUCCCAUUUAUUGUCAAAGGAACGGCUCAAAAGGGAGUUUUUCUUGACUAUCGCAUUCUGACAAAAAUGAGAAAAAGCUUCUUGGAAUUCGGGAACAAGGACCGGACGCGCUCUGGACGUUUCCGAAUGUUUCUAGUGAUCCCUUUAGUGACGUUAGCACCCUUACGUUUUUUUUUCGCAGUUUUCAGGGGGUAGGCCGCACCUCGGGGUGGGAUCCAGCCGACUUAUGGUUUGCGUUAUCAAAGUCCGGGUGUGCCGAAAAAUUCCUCAUCUGAAGACCCACCCCCUCAAAUUUUCUGAAUGAUUUUCCAUCCCAGAUGCCUCUUCGUUGGCCAAAAAGUGCAUGGCCGUGUAUCAAACUUUCGUCAGCGGCAUGAACCAAAGGAUCCAGAAACAAAUCGCCGUCAACAACCCGUUUAUUUUCAAGCAUGUCAGCAACCUCAAGGUAAAAAAAGCCGAAAAAAAGCCUUUACUGUAGGUUUCCAGGGCAUGGAACACUUUGAAGACGUCGGACCUUGUGUGGUGCUGGCCAGUCCGGGAAUGCUCCAGACUGGGCUCAGUCGAGAACUUUUCGAGAUGUGGUGUGGCGACAGCAAAAAUGGGUGUAUCAUUGCGGGAUACUGCGUUGAGGGCACCUUGGCCAAGGUAGAAAAUGAUCUUGAAAAUUUAAAUUACUACUGGUUCAAACCGCGUCAUAAUUAUUGACUCACCUUUCUUCCACAGAAACUUCUUCAUAUGAAAUUUUUUUAAGCAACCUUUUUCAAAUCUAUCAAAUUAUUGUGGUUAAGGAAGCAAAGAAAAAACUGACAUUGAGAAAAAGUUCAAAUAUUGAGUUCCAAUGUAUGAUUAAGAACGCCAGAGUGGUACCUAUAGGGGUCAGAGGGAAAAGCUCUUAUAUGGGGCAAAAAAAAAGUUAAAUGAUUUUUGUAGGGGUUCAGUGUUUGUCUACUGAGCCCCUAAAGCUCAAGUACUUCCUAUAGGGUCUUUAACUUUUUGUCCAGACUUAAAAUUCAAAAAGACGAACUUGAUCGAUAUUUCCUCUGUUUUUCAUUCAAAAAAGGUUUAUUUAUUCAGUUUUUCGCAUGGAAAUGCUUCUCAUAGAGUUGAAAACGAUGAAGGACUAGCAUGACCCCCUAUAGGGGCCACUUAGCCAAGUUUUAGCGGUCCCUAGAGGGAAACCUUCAAAUGGCCCCAAGGUUGUCCCUAUAGGGACCACUCUGGAGUUCUUAAAUAACUAUUCAUUCAUUUUUGAUGAUUAUGUUCCAGCACAUCUUAUCUGAACCCGAAGAAAUCGUGGCGAUGAACGGAGAUCGGCUUCCGAUGCGAAUGCAAGUCGGCUACGUCUCCUUCUCGGCUCACACCGAUUUCAAUCAAACCCACAACUUUGUCAAGGCCCUCAGACCUCCUCAUUUGGUGAGCAGGGGAAUAAAUUGAUAAAAAUAGAGUAAUUUUCCUAGAUCUCUUACACGUUAGCUGUAAAAUUGUAUUAGAUUUUGUCGAGUUUUUUUUUGCUUUUCUUUGAUAAUUUUACUGAACCUGCGAGAAACUCCAGUGGUUUCACAAGAGGCUCCUUAAGAACUACUUUGGAAGGACACUAAAGUGGCCACUAAAACUACCUCUAUAGAAACCACUAUUCAACGUCUUAGUGGCCAUUAUAGUGAUUCUAGUGAAACAAUAAUACUCUUAGAAUUCUAAAAAAAAAAAAAGCUUUAUUUAAGCCGUUUUAGUGUUUACCUGUUCGACUACUUAAGUGGCCAUUCAUACGGGGAAAUCCUAGAGUGGUCACUGAAACAUGGUCUUGUAUAUAAGCCACAACUUUAAGUAUCAGUGGCGUCUUUAGUGGACCAGUAACACCACUAGACUUCUAAAAAGGCCAUUAAAUUUUACCCACUGAAGUGGCCUUUGAUUCGACUACUGUAGUGACCACUAAAUCGUGAAAACCCUAAAGUGGUCACUAAAAUUUUUCCCAGAAGAGUUCUAGGAAAAAUCUUCCAAUUUUAUAAAAGACCAUUUCAGGUACUCGUCCAUGGCGAAAUGCACGAGAUGAGUCGUCUGAAAGCUGGAAUAGAACGGUCUUUCCAGGACCUCAAUAUCCCUAUUGAAGUAUGAAAAUGACAUUCUGAUUGAAAAAAAAAAUCUAAUGAUUAGGUACACAAUCCAAGGAACACGGAACAAUUGACUCUGCACUUCCGCGGUGAGAAGACGGCCAAAGUUGUCGGAAAUUUGGCGAAACGCAUGCCGGAGGUGAUUGAAACAGCGAUAGAUUUAUAAGAUCCUUCAAAUUUUUUUUUUUUUUCCAAAACUGUUUGAAGAAGGAAUUACUUUCCAGAACAAUGAGGUGAUCAGCGGCGUCUUGGUGAAACGCAACUUCACCUACUCGAUUAUGGAUCCCAACGAUUUGAUUGGUUUUUAACCCGUCUAAAUAUUGAUUUCAAAAAUAUUUUCUAGGUUACACAUCUUUACGAAUCUCCAAGUUGACCCAGAGACAAUCACUCUACUUUUCCGGCAGCAUUGAGCUCUUGAUGCAUAAUUUGAGGUUUUCUCCGAAGACGAAUUUCGAUUAAUAUGAUUUUGCAGACAAUUGAACGACGAUGCGAUGCUGUACACGGAGAACAAAGGAAAGGAUCUCAAGGAGAAUCUCCCUUCCUAUAUUGUCCACGUUUUUGGGGUUGGUGCGCACUUUUCGAAGAUUUGUGGGGUUGGAGCGCUUUUUUAAAAAGGUUUUUGGGGUUGGAGCACAUUUUUUCAAGAUUUUCGUGGUUGAGAGUAUUUUUUUAAGAUUUUUCAAAUUGGGGAAAUUGGAGUUUUUUUUGAGAUUGUUGAGAUUGGAGCACAUCUUUUGAGAGUUUUAGUGUUGGAGCUCUUUUUUGGGAUUUUUGAAAUCAAACCUUUUUUUGCGAUUUUCGGGGUUAGAGCUCAUUUUUGAGAUUUUUGGAAUUGAGCUAUUUUUUGAAGUUUUUGUAGUUGAAACGCAUUUUUUGAGAUAGGCAAAAAAGUGAAAGAUUAUCUGUAGGAAAAGGGGUUUUUUUGAGAGUACCCAAAAGAAAAAGGGUGAGCGCAUUUUGAGAUUUACCAGAUUGGAGGGAACUUUCUGAACUUAAAAAUGAAAAAAAAAACUGAGCAAAAUUAGCUGCAAAAAGGGUUAUUGUGUGAGGAUAUCCUAGAGAAAUGCUUUAAAAGGGGGUCGUUCAAAUUGUUCAAAAUUCCGUCGAAUAAAAAUUAGUUUCAAAAAUUUUUUUAACGGUAUAAAAAUUUUACUGUCUAGGACUAUUUGGAUAUGAGAGACAAAAGUACAGUUUUUGAGCUUUUCUUGAGUCAGUUUUUAUUAACAAGCGUUCUCAUUGUGAAUAUGAAACUCUUGAUUUGUCUUGACACGAUAAUAAAAGAAAUAGUGUUUGUCGGAUGGAGAUCGCAGACAGGCCUUCUUGACUUCCCAGGCUAACCGUUAAUCUGCUAUAAGCCUUUUUUUCUUUCUCAAACUCAUUUAAUUCCUUGAAGGGCCUGGUAGCCGUCCACUACUACCGCUACCCACUCGGUGGUGAUGAUUCUGUGGGACUCGAAUCCCGUCAACGACAUGUACGCCGACGCGUGUGCCGCCGCCAUUCUACACGCCCAGGCGAAUCCUGUCCCUGAUAAAUGUGAUACACGUGUGGUUUCCCUCAAUGUUUGUACGUUUUCCAGACCUGCCGACACUGGAAACGUUUCCAUCGUUCCAGGAGGCGAUCCAAGGCAUGGUUCAUGACGUGGGUUUUCAUUUUGACCCUUGAGUGGAUACUUGAAAGACGUGGAGGGCUCUUUAAACAGAACAUGAAGAAAUGACGUUUUUUUUUAGAUUCUUUGAGUUUUCACGUGUAAUGAUUUCAGUUGAGACUGAGUGACCCCUAGAGCAUACUUGAGAGAUUUCUAGUGACCACUUUAGUAGCGUCAGCACUCUUAGGUGAUCCCUAGGAUCGCCGAAAAAAAAAUUCGGAGCGCUUACCGAGGUCCAAGUUGGAUUUGAGAAAUAUUUCUUUGAUCUGAGUCUAGCAAUCAAGGUUCGAGAGCAGAUUUCUAAGCUUGUACUUGUUUUAAAAUAUUAAAAUAUUGAUCAUUUUCAUAAUAACUUUUCUAUUUUUCGCUACAGAUCUGUGGUGAUGACGCAAAGUUGGUCGAUGAUUCGAUAACGGGCUUGACAGUGGUUUUCGAGGAGGACGGGCGAAGGAUUCCUCUUGAUCCAGCUCUCGGUACGGCCUUUUUAUUGGGAGCUUGAAAAAAAAUGCAUCCAUGAGCAGACUGUUUUAAAGGCCGCCGACCCCUCCUUACAAGUUUUCCUAAAUUAAAGUUGAUAAUACCUCCCUAAGGUUGAAAAUAUUCCUAAUUUUCCAGAAAUUUCGUAGGUUAACUUUUCCUCCCGGCCUGACUAAGUUAUCUAAAUGUCAUUUAUUUAUUUCGAAAGGACGAAAAUAGCAAUCCAGUCUAUCGGUUUUUCAAAGGAUACUCUAACUCAUAUUUUUAAAACCCAGAAUGAGAAAUUUUGCGUGGCGUCAUAUUUGGAGGUUUCUGAUGGCAACGAGCUUUAUUUUCAACCUUUGUGAAAACUGAUAUCAGAUUAGGGAUCAGCGUAAAAUUUUGAACCGGAUAGAUACUCAGAAUUGGAUUUAGAACUCAAAAUGAGAAUUUUUGCACAGUGACGUCACAUUAUUUAUUUUGUUUCUUCAUUUUUUUAAAAUUAAACUUCAGAAGUGAAGGGUGUUUCAAAAAGCUUCUGAAAAGUUAAAUAUACGAGAAAAUGUGAGCAAAUUUAGAGGCUAUCUAAACGGUACACUGGAAACAAGAUGGGAACCUAGAAAAAUAUAGAUACUACGUGGGAAAAGAGCCGGAAUUUGAAACUAUAAAAACCCUAUUAGUAGCAUUUUAUUACUGUAAAUUACUGAUUUCAGCUUCAGAGGGAGGUAUGAAUCGACUAUGAUGAUUUAAUGAUUUCCAGCGGCGUCGGACAGUGGAGCGGCUGUAGCGGCCGACACGAGCGACCCUCUGACGGGACAUCUUCUCCAGCAACUCACCGCCAAAAUGCGCCAGUGUGUCCCCAGCACAACCCGACAAGAUUCAUAA